UUAACAGGGAGAAAGUUGGGAAGACAGCAAAACUAACUGAACUGGGACAAGAAAAACUGUGUCUAGGAGUUACACCUAACAAACUUGAAUAUUUUUAUAUAAACAUAUAUUACUGUUUUUUUUUUUUUUUUAAACACAAAGAAAACAGAAAAGCUUCACAAUGGGCUGCUUCACUUUUGUAAAAGUUAUGAUGGUCUUAUUCAACUUAAUCAUCUUUCUGGGAGGAGCAGUGCUGCUGGCUGUGGGGAUCUGGGUGAGCGUGGAUGGAGGCUCCUUUCUCAAAGUCAUGGGGUCCAUCUCUGCCCAGGCCAUGCAGUUUGUGAAUGUCGGGUAUUUCUGCAUCGCCAUUGGCGCAGUCCUGGUGCUGCUCGGGUUCCUGGGAUGCUGUGGAGCUCAGAAAGAGAGCAAGUGCCUCCUAAUCAUGUUCUUUGCCAUUGUCAUGGUUAUUUUCAUCGCAGAGUUGGCUGCUGCUGUCGUGGCCCUGGUCUACUCUUCGUUUGCAGAAAGCAUCCUGAAGGCGUGGGCAACACCGACAUUAAAGUCUGACUACGGGACCCAGUCAGAUGUAACACAGAUAUGGAACACAACAAUGACAGAGUUAAAGUGCUGUGGCUUCACCAACUACACCGACUUCAGUGACUCAAGUUACUACAGUUCCCAUCAUUCCUACCCACCAUUCUGCUGUUGGAGCAACACCACGACGUGUAGUCCCAAGGCUGCUGAGAGCAGCGCUAUCGAGGGCUGCUUUAAUAAACUGCUGCUGACCCUGAAACAGAAUGCAAACAUUGUCGGGGGGAUUGCAGCCGGAAUCUGUGCUCUCGAGAUUGCUGCUAUGGUAGUGUCCAUGGUCCUGUACUGUCAUAUCGACAAGAAUGGAGCCAAUUAGAAGACAAUCAGUGAUCUGCAAUAGGAGAGCUGCAAAUAUUUUUGUAGAAAUUUCUGUAACAUAUUUAAUCAGAAUGCUUUUUUUGGGGAGAACAAAAAGUAAUGAAUCACAGUUUCAUCAAACUUUACUGGUAACUUUUCAAGCAGCUUGUUGGAGCGGAUUUAUAUUUUUCAGGAGUUCUACCCUUGUGCAGAGUUCAUGCUGUGACAUGAAAACAAUUUUGAUUUGAGCAGCUGACACAAGGAAGCUGUGGCUGAGUGUUGUGUACCUUGAAAUCUUUGCAGUUCUUCUUCAAUUCAAACCCUUGCUUGCGCACAUUUACACUUGAAGUGUCAUACCAUGAAUGUUAGCUGUUACAGCUUGUGUUUUAUUUAUUCAUUUUUUAAAUCCCACAGGUGUGUGGUGCAUUAGUGUAACUUGAAAAGAAAGUGAGGUCUAUUUUAAUGAUCCAAGCAGUGGCAGAUCUUUAUAAUGCCAGCCUAAAAUGUAUGAACCUCAUGCAAAGGCUCAUUGUUAUCAACAUAAUGAAGCACUCAGCUUUAUAACGGCUUCUCCUGACAUUUCCUUCCCAUAGUGCCUUAAACAUUCAAGGCUAUAACAGAGUAGUACAGGUUUUCCAAAAUACUGUCUCGAAACACUUUUUGACUUUGAUAAUGUAAUUUAAAAAAUACAUUAAAUACUGUAUACAGUAAA